GGUUCUUCCCAAUUUCUCAUCAAAUUUCUUAGAUUAUGUUAUUUAGACUGUCCUCAUCGUCGUUUUUUAGGGAACUAUCUGAGAUCUGGGGCUACUUGUGAUCUGUUUCAAUUCUGAAAAUUUGGUAGGUAGGUAUUGUAUCUGAUCCUUGAAAAUUUCUGAGAUGAGAUCUGAUUGUUGGCGUAGUGGAUUUGAUGUAAUUGCUGACGGGUUUGAAGUGUGGACUGGUUUUGUAUAAUCUCAUUUGGUGGAUUAUUAUUCACAAUGGAGCGUAUGAUAGAGGAGAAGGAAUGUGCAGAUCAAUCGGAUGAGAAAAAAAUGCCGCUUAUAAGCGGAGUUCCUGACGAUAUCUCAAAUUUCUGCUUGGCUAGAGUUCCAAGAGAACAUCACAUGGCAAUGAAAUGCGUUUCCAGGAGAUGGAGAGAUUUUGUGUGCAGUGAUGUAUUGUACGAUUACCGAAACAAGUUCAACUUGGCUGAAUCUUGGAUUUACGCCUUGUGCCGCGACAUAUCUGGCGGUGUCUUCUUAUACGUGCUGAAUCCCUUCUCAUCUAGAAGAUCAUGGAAAAGAAUCAAUGAAUAUCCACAUACCUCAAUGAGAGAAGGUAUGGGUUUUGCAGCACUGGGUAAGAGGCUGUUUGUGCUUGGUGGAUGUGGUUGGUUAGAAGAUGCUAUCGAUAAGGUUUAUUGCUAUGAUGCUGCUAUGAACACUUGGCUUGACGUAGCAACUCCUCUUUCAACCAAAAGAUGCUUCUUUGCUUGUGAAACGCUGGAUGGAAAAAUUAUGGCGAUUGGUGGGUUAGGAGUGAAUCCAAAAGUUCCACAGACUUGGGACAUCUAUGAUCCGUUAACUGGAACCUGCAAAUCUUGUUCAGACGCAAAUAUUGUUCCUGAAAUCGAAGAUUCAUUUGUAAUGGAUGGAAACAUUUAUGUACGAGGUAGUGCUGGAUCUUCCGCUGCCGUCUACAAUGCAUCGAGCGGGGUUUGGAAACGUGUGGAUGAUGAUAUGGCAUCAGGAUGGCGAGGUCCAGCUGUUGUUGUAGCAGAUGAUCUCUUUGUUUUGGAUCAGAGUUUUGGAGCUACGCUAACAAUGUGGUGCAAGGAAACGAGGAUGUGGAUUCGUAUCGGGAAGCUAUCUCAGUUGGUGAUGAAGCAGCCAUGUCGGCUUCUUUCUAUUGGGAGUUGUAUCUUUGUGAUUGGUAAGGAUUGCUCUACUGUGGUGAUUGAUGUUGAGAAGAUGAGGAGGAAGACGAUGAAUGGAGUAAUGGUGUGUUCUUCUAUAUCAAAGACUUGGGAUGAUCCUAUUGAUGUUAUUAGCUGUAAAUCUGUAGCUAUAUAAUAUGUUUCACACUCUACUUUGCCCCCAAAGAGGUUGAUCCUUGCAGACAACAUAUGAUGUUUAUGUUGGCCAUGUAAUAUCACUCAAUACUGUCAUUCUGGUUUAUAUAACAACAAGACCCAAAUCAAAA